AGCCAAUGACGGGUCAGUCACCGCCUCCGCGCUGAUUGGUCGCUCGAACCUUCAACCUUUGGACCCCAGAGCUGUUUUUCAAUCAAUCGACAUGAUUUAUUCGCUUCUCUUCGGGUUGGCCGUUUCUUGCUUCGUUUUUCUCUACGUUCGUUUCCCGUAUUUUACCCAGGACUUUCUUUUUGCGCUCAGGACCUUUAGUGUCGGGGUGCUGCUGGCCCGGUUCGGCCGCGGAACGCCGUGCUACACGAUCCUGGACCGGUUCUCGGACGCGGCGCGGAGUCACCCGGAGAAGCCCUUCAUCGUGUUCGAGGGAGAGGUGUUCUCUUACCGGGAUGCUGACCGGAUCAGUAACAGAGUCGCGAACGCGCUGCGGGAGCGCAAGCUCGUGCACGCGGGCCAGGUCGUGGCGCUCUUUCACGGGAACGCGCCCCAGUACGUGUGCACGUGGCUCGCUCUGGCCAAACUGGGCUGCACGGUCGCGCUCCUGAACACGAACCUCAGGAGUCGAUCUCUGCUGCACUGCUGCGACUGCUGCUGCGCCACGACCCUCAUCACUGAUGCAGAUCUGGCUCCGGCGGUGGCUGAGAUCCUGCCGUCUCUGCGCAAGCGCGGUGUGUCUGCGCUCCUGCUCUUCGGCGGCUGCGAGACGGACGGCGUCGUCAAUCUGUCGGCUGCGGUCCGCUGCGCAUCAGAAGAGGCUCCGCCCCUCAGCCUGAGAUGUGAUGUCAGCAUCCAAAGCCCUGCCCUCUACAUCUACACCUCCGGGACCACAGGUCUCCCUAAAGCGGCGGUGAUCAGUCACCAAAAACUCUGGCUGAUGACGUUCCUGCAGCGCAUGACAGGAGUGAACUCCAGAGACGUCCUCUACAUCUGUCUGCCCCUGUACCACAGCGCAGGCUUCCUCGCUGGCCUCACCGGAGCCAUAGAGAGGGGGAUCACCGUGGUGCUGAGGAGGAAGUUUUCUGUGUCUGAGUUUUGGAACGACUGUCGGGAACACGAGGUGACGGUCAUCCAGUACAUCGGAGAGGUCAUGCGUUACUUGUGCAACGCACCCAAGAGCGAGCGUGAGCGGGAUCACCGUGUGCGUCUGGCUCUGGGGAUCGGCAUCCGAGCGGACACAUGGGAGGACUUCCUGCGCCGCUUCGGGAACGUGUGCAUCUGUGAGUGCUACGGAGCCACCGAAGGAAACAUCGGAUUCAUCAACUACACCGGGAAGACCGGCUCCAUCGGGAGAGUGACCGCCAUCCACAAGAUGCUCACCCCUUACGCCUUCAUUCGUUUUAAUCCGGAGACGGAGGAGCCGCUGCGAGACUCUAACGGACUCUGUGUGGAGGUCUCUCCAGGUGAAACCGGGCUGCUGGUGGCAAAGAUCAAUAAGAUCGCUCCGUUCAGUGGUUACGCUAAAAACCCGGCGCAAACAGAGAAGAAGAAGCUGAGGAACGUCUUUAAGAGAGGAGAUGUGUACUUCAACACCGGAGAUCUCAUAUUAGCCGACCGCGACGGCUUCCUUUACUUCCAGGACCGCGUUGGAGACACGUUCCGAUGGAAAGGAGAAAACGUGGCCACGACUGAAGUGUCUGAGGUUUUGCUGAUGCUGGAUUCUGUGGAAGCUGCAAACGUCUACGGUGUGAGAGUAUCAGGUCAUGAGGGACGGAUCGGGAUGGCAGCUCUCAAACUCAGAGACGGGAAGGAGUUUGACCGAUCUGCUACAUACACACACCUGAAGAAGCUCCUGCCGGCCUACGCCAGACCUCACUUCAUCAGGAUACAGGACAAGCUGGACGUGACGGGGACCUUCAAACAGGUCAAAGGUCAGCUGGUGCAGGAGGGAUUCGACCCAAACAUCAUCGGGAGUGACCUCUUCUUCCUGAACGAGUCGAAGCAGACGUUUGUGCCGAUGACGAAGGAGAUGUACAGCUCCAUCAUGAACGGACUCAUCAGACUCUGACGAACAACACCUGAUUAAUUCAGCUGGAAACUAAACCUUAAACUGAGUUUAAUACAUAUCUAUAUCUGCUCAUAAUUAUUAUCAUACACAUGUUAUAGUAACAGUGAAGUCAUCUCUGAAACAAGAGAUCUGGAGAACACAAAUGUAUUUCAGUAUUAUUUCCUAUAUUUGAUCAAAAAAAGAUUUUAAAUAAAUAAAUAAAUGAUACACUAAUUCAA